AUGGAUAUAAAUACUAACUCCAAUAUUUAAUAUCAACCACAAAACGAUUAAAUAAUUUUAGAUGAGAAUAUUCAGGUGAAAAGCUAAGAAAACUAAAUUUUUUUGCAAUCUAAUGGUGAAAACUAGGUAUAAGAAAACCCUCUUAUCUCUAGCUAGGCAUCUACUGUUAAAUAAGAAGCUAUAGAUUAGUCUGUAAAUUAAGAUUGUAAUUAUCAAAUAAAAAAUGAUUUUGAUUAAUUAAGCAAUCCAAAGUAACAUGAAAAAGAUGAUUAGCUAAUUACUGAAAAUAUAGAUCUGAAGAAGGAAGUUUAGGAUUUAAAUGAUAAUUAAAUAUAAACUACACAAAAUUUGGUAGGUAAUUCUCAAGAUUAGUAAAAUACAUUUCCAGAAAAAUGUUUGUUACAUGACAUUAAAAAUAAAUAUGUUUGUAUAUAAUAAAAUUGCAAUGCUCUUUCGAGAAUUGCUUGUGCAGAAUGCCAUGUAGAGGGACCGCAUCCUAAGCAUGAACUUAUUAAAAUUGAAAUUUUCAAAGAAGAAAUUUAAAUAAAAUCUUAGCGUGCAAUUUAACUUUUUGAACAAAUAAAUAAAGAAUCUACUAAAUAGUAAAUCUCAGAAAAAAUCCAAAAGAUUUAAGAUGGGCUUAUUAAUAUGCUGACUGAUUUCAAAGAAGAAAAAUUUAAACUUAUUGAUAAUGCAAAUUUAAUAGGGGACGAACUUCUAAGUGGCUAUGAGAACGAUAUCUCUCAAUUAGACUACAAAAAAACACUAAAUAUAUUUGCUAAUUAAUAAGUUUCACUAUAAGAUUUGUCUUAACUAAAGCUGGCACUUAUUUUAUAUCACUCAGAACAAAAUGAAUCAGUAGAAGUUAGUAAGGCAAAUUUCUAAUUGUUUAUUGAAGAUAUAAAAAAAGAGAUAGAAUAAAUGGAAUAGAAUUUCUAUAGAGCUUUUACUUAAAGAAUUGAUAUUUCACAUAAUUUAGGAUAAGAUGAAAGAUUAGUUGAUUAUGAUGUUAAAUAGCAUAAUUCAGAGGGAGUUAGGAAUUUAAAAUUGAAUAAAAGUGAAAAUAUCUAGCUAGAGUAAAAUGAACAUUCAAAUAACUAAGAAUAAAUUUCAAUAAAUAAAGAUAAUAAUACCACUUCAUAAAUUUAAAAGCAAAAACACUCUUUUUUGAGUUCAAAAGAACAGUAUAAUUGGAGAUUGAGGAGAGAUGAAUAAAGAUAGGAAGAUGAAAAAUAUGCAAAUUAAGAAGGAAAUAAUACAUUUAUUAGAAAAACUCUGCAAUUAAAAUUAAAAGGAUUGUGUAUUAAAAAACUUUAAGAACAUAAAGGAUGGAUUGGAAGAAUCGAAAGGAUAAAUGAAAAUAUUUUUGCUUCUUGCUCAUCUGAUAAAAAAGUUAUUUUUUGGGAUCUAUAAACAUUAAAACCAAUGAAAACAUGGACAGAUACUUCUUCAAAAAACCAUAUCCUUUCUCUCUGCAAACUAGACUCAAAGACAAUAGCUAUGGGUGGGUCAGAUAAAUUAAUACGGAUAUAUGAGUGGGAAACUGAAAAUAUGGUGAAAUUGUUGAAAGGACAUAAGGGAGGUGUAAAUUAUAUUAUAAGUUUAAAUGAAGAGGUUAUAGCAAGCUGUGGAUCUGAUAAUAGUAUUGUUGUUUGGAAUUGGAAAUAGGAGGUAGUCUUAAAUCACUUAAAAAAUUACCAUUCCUAAGCUAUUUAUCAAAUUACAUUCCUUCAUACUAAUUCAUUUUUAGCUUCAUGCAGUAAAGAUACAACAAUUAAAGUUUAUAACUUUGACACAAAGGAAGUAUUAUGUACUUUAAAAGGUGCUAAAUAAGCAGUUCAUACAAUUUGUUAUUUAAAAAAGAAUCUAUUAGCAUCAGGAAAUGCAGAUUAAACUAUCCGUAUAUGGAAUUAUAUUCAGGGAAUCCAAACAAAGAUUAUCAGAGUGCCUAAUUAGUCGAUUUACACAUUGUGUAAAAUUGAUGAUCAUUAUAUAGCAAGUGGUUAGAGUGACAAUAAAAUUAAAAUAUGGGCAUAUGAGGAAGGAGAAACUCUAGAAAAUAGCUAAGACUCUAGACACGGAUAUGGAGCUGUGUGUGUGAAAACUUUAGAGAGCCAUACUAGUGCUGUUAGCUGUUUGAGUUAUUUAGCUGAAAAAUUCACUUUAAUAUCUGGUAGUAAUGAUCAUAGCUUGUGCAUUUGGCAGUGA